GGAAACCUCCCUCUUUUGUGUCACAUGAAACACCUGGUACAAAAAGCCACAGCCUUUUCAGGAACCUGUCAUUCUGCAUCUGAACGGGAGAGAAGACACUGCGGCUCACUGGAGAGAAGCCCCACAGCUGACCUGCAGGAACAAGAUGGAUCAAAGACUCAGCGUCGCCCUCCUGCUCCUGGGACUGACGGUUCUUGUGGACGGACAGACUGUGGCAGCUCCGUUCACGGGAAACAUCACCUGGAAUGGCUGUGGAACUACUAAAUUCUGCAUUGGCGCUCCCACAGGCUGCGACCCGGCCUCCAGUGGAGACUGUGUCUUUGCGUCCACCGCCAGAGACCCAGUGGACAGCAGCGGUGUCUCUUUUGAGCUCCAGGGCACGUCCAGCGGCUACAUCGCCAUCAUCUUGGCUACAGGAGGUGUGAGCUCGGGAGACGCCUUUGAAUGCACUCAGGGUGGAAAUGGAACAGUUUUGUUCCUUCGUGCAUACUACAAUGGAUCCAGCCUGAAUCCAGAAAAUGUCAGUAACACUGUUUACAACAUCACUGGCUCUGCAAAAGACAACAUCAUUAAGUGCACCUUCAUUGUGAAAAAUCUCACCACAACAAAUGGCACAGCUACAAUACUCUAUAACAUCUCUCUGGCUGUUGGGAAUGUCACAAAUGGACCAUCUGUUAAAUUCCAAAGCAGCAGUGCAGUGAAUCUACUGUCAGUCACACCAAAUGCUUCGACUCCAGCUUCGCCCACCUCUACAACGUCAUCGAGCACAAGAUCAUCUUCCAACUCUACAAUGUCAUUUAACACAACAUCAACCAACUCUACAACACCAUUGAACCCAACAGUGUCAUCCAGCUCUAAUUCAGCGGUUCCUUCUGCUACGAUUGGAGCUCUCACAGGAUCUAUCACCAGCGAUCAGUGCGGAAAGACUAAAAUCUGCAAGGCGGUUCCUAAAAACUGUAACCCGGCUGACACUGGAGACUGUCUUUUCAUGUCUGGCAAGAGCACACUAGGCGGGGUCUUUCUUGAGCUCAGUGGACUCUCCAGCGGCUACAUUGCUACCAUUUUGUCCUCCGACAACAUAACGGGAGACGCCUACGUGUGCGCUCAGGCCCAGAACAAGACCUUGAGGUUCCUCCGCGCAGACUACAACAGAUCCGCGCUGGUGGAAAAGAGCGCGAACGACAUUGACACCAUUAAAGGCUCUUUGAACGGCAGCAUCCUCCAGUGCUCCUUCACUGCAAAAAACAUCCUUAACAGCAGGAGCAAGGCGGCAGCGACACCAUACUAUGUUAUCCUGGCUGUUGGGAAUUUUACGAAUGACACGCUGAGCGCGCCUGAUGUCCGGCUCCGAACCGAUAGCAAAGUGGACUUGGGGCUGUCCAGUGCCAGCGCUCCUGCCCUCACCGCGGUGAACGGGAUGCUGAUCCUGGUGUCUGUGCUGAUCUUUGGGAUGUACUAGCGAGGACCAGAUCAGACCUUCGAGCCUGGAAUCUGGGAGUCUCUGGAGAGCCGGCCUAACAAUUCGUGUUGAAAAGAAUCUGCUUUAAUGGGUGUUUUCUGCAAUUCUGGUCGGCGUUCAAGAUUUGCUGGGACCACCUUUGCAAACAAUAAAGCUAAAAUAACUGGUUUCACUACUGCAUUAAUAAAUAGCAUCUCUGUGGGGAGAAAAACAAAGAGGAGGAUGAAGGAGCAAAGGAAUUUAAAUUCUGUCACUUUAAACGUAGUGCCUUUGCUACAGACUUCACUCUCCACAGACAAUCCUUCCCUUCACUCCUGUCUGACUAUCAGGCGUGACGCUCGCUCCUGAGACAGUCGUGACCCAGCGAGCUGUGAGCCCCUGAUGCUGGAAUUUGUGACCGAACACAUUUCUGCCGCUAUGAAAUGAGGUCUUGAUGAAUGUGGUCUGACCUAGCUUUCUUCCCUCGAACCCGGGACCUUUAGGCCGGAUCUACCGCGGUCGUGGCUCUGGGGCUCUGGGGCUCGUACAAGUGCACAAGCGUACACGGUUCGAGACCUGAUGAAGCCUCUUCACUCCAACUGGUGCUGUAGAAUCCAUAGUGAGAGGGGCUCUGGUUUAAGAAAGGUGGCCUGACGAAUGAUCUUAAUCCCUGAAAUGACCCCAAGCCAUGACAAAACUUCAGAUGUUUGUGUGGAGUGUGGGAAACAGAUGAAUUUCUAUUUCCUGUAAAUUGUAACUGUUGUAAUAUAUGUAUGUCCUUUUUUUAAAAAGGAAAUACACCUAGGCCCAAUGUGCGGUUCUGUUCUGUUCCUUUUAUCAGCCAACCCACUUUAACGUCUUGCCAACACCUGCCCAUCCUCAAUAAUCAGCUGUAAAAAUGAACAAUUAA